CCUUACCCCCACCAGCCCCCGGCCCCCUCCUGCUUACUGCUUGCUUAGUUUAGUUAGUUUGAAUCUGACUGAGUAUCGGAGCAGCGACAUUCAAAUAUACAAUAAGACUAUAUCCAAAAUAUAAAUCAAACAUGGCCUGCAAUUGACUACAUCAUACAACAGUGAAUAUAAUAAACUUGUGAAAUAGAAAAAUUCACGAUGAAAUCUUUUCAUUUGAAAUGGGCAUCACAUCUACCAAAUAUGGGACAGGUAUUUAACACCCUGUAUCAGACUGAAGGACUGGCUGAUGUUACUUUGUCCUGUGAGGACGGUUCUGUUAAAGCGCAUAAACUUGUCCUUUCAACCUGCUCGGACUACUUUUUGGAACUGUUUCUUGAGUGUAAUGCGAAGCGCCCUGUUCUAGUUUUAUCAGAAAUUAAAGUUUCAGACCUUAAAGAUCUCAUGGGAUUCAUCUACACAGGAGAGGUAAAUGUGGACGAGGAGCGCCUGGCCUCGUUGCUCGAGGUUGCCGAGGUCCUCGGUGUUCGAGGACUCCAUCACAGUGCUCCCAAGGACAAAAAAUCCUCUGAGUCUGAUUCUAAGGCCGAUGAGAUUGUUAAUAUCAAAAUGGAGGCUCAGAUUGAGGAGCAGGAAGAGGAGUCAGAUGGUGAAAUAGAAGAAAAGCAGGAGGAGGAAGAAACGCAGAAGACUGAUGUACAUCUGGUUAAGACUGAAACAUUGUACAGCCAGGUCCCCAGCAGUACACAGUAUAACCCACCAGUAUCCUAUGGACUUACCCUAGCACAGUCGGAUAAAAUUUUGAGCCAGCCAAUGCUUGCAAAUCCGCCAAAUGCACUUAACAUGGAAGCUCCGCCAGAACAACCUAAUGUACAAUCUGUUGAUCCGUACAGGGGGUACAACCAGCAGCAUGUGACACCAAUGAUGAAUAUGUCUAAUCUGGCGGCCAUGUACCACCAGGCCCAGGUGCAAUCAGUCAAUCAAACAAGUCCAGACAAAAACAAACAAAAAACUUCCCCAGACAGUAAAUCAUCGACAGGGGAAAAAAUACAAAUGGAUUUACUACCAGAAGAUGUGAAUAAUAUAAUGAACGAGGCGACGAGUCCAAUCUGUCCGGUCUGCGCAAAGGAUUGCGCAAACCUUCAUAAUCUUAGAUCUCAUCUUUCCGUCCAUACAAUGCAAAACAAUAUCAAACCUUUCUGCUGUACUUUCUGUGAUGCCAAGUUUGCUCGAGUUUCUCAUUUAAAUCGACACAUUAGAACACAUACUGGAGAACGACCUUUUCCCUGUACACUUUGUGAUAGAAGCUUUGCUAGACAAGAUAAACUGAAAGCACACAUGGACAGACAUAAUAAGGAAGGUGGGAUGUCUAUGAUGCCCCCUGCUAAAAAGAAGAAGAAGGAAAAAUCCCCCCUGAAGCAGGAGGCCCCUGCUACCCCGGACCCUAUGACUCAAUACCACAACCCGAACUCCCUGUGGAACGGGUUCCCUAUGUAUGAGAACUAUCAGCCCGUGUAUCCUGGAAUGGUGAACCCUGGAUAUGUUCCUCCGCUACAGAACGUGAUGAGAAUCGGAGAAUGUUCCAUUAAACCAGUCGGACAAUAGUACCGAUCCUUUAUAUUAUACCACAGUGGUGUCGUCGUAUAUAUCAAUACAAUGAAGUCCAGGGUCCAUUUGAGGGAAUUGCAAAGAAAUCUUACAGAUUAUUUUUCACUUUUAUUAACAGCUUAUUUUGGGAACAUUCAUUUGUCUCUACUGAAAAAAGUUACGAAAAGUUUAACAAGAAAGUCGUCAUUAUUAUAUUAAUAUAUUUCUCUCGCUGUAUUUUAGUCAGGGGAUAUAUAUUUCCAAAAAAAUAUGAAUAGCCUGAGAGGUGAAUACCUAAAGGGAACUUGGCAAUUAAAAACCUGGGGAAAAACUUUCGAACUUAUAUACAAGGAAAUUAACUUAAAUAUUGAACAAAUUUAGAAUUUAGCUAGCAUUGA